CAGCUAAGAUGUCUCGUCAUACACAGCUGAUUGCAAGCUGGCUGUUGUUUGUGUCCACGCAGUUACAUUUGCCAGGCUGCAGUGCUUCGCUCUACGAAAGAACGUGCUGCCAAUCUGGAAGCCCUUUCAUAAACCAAUAUGGACCUCGGCCACCCAAGUACCAUGUUCCCAAAAACUUGCUCUUCCCCCUGGUGGACGAUUGCUCUUCCUCACCGCUGGACCUCCUGCUAGUUGCGGACGGCUCCACAGAAUAUAGAGACCAUUUAGGGAAACAGAUGGAAUUUUUCAGCAAAUUUCUCGAGGUCUUCAAUUCCGGCCGAACGGAUGACUUCACGCGUGUGAACGUGUCCUUGGCCCUGUCUUGCCGGAGAAAUGGAACAACAAGGCUGGACGUGCAUUUUGGGUUUGGGGAAUUUUCCAACAUAACAGAUCUCCGGCAGGCUCUUCUGUCUGACAAUGCCAGUUACCCGGACCCGCCGCACUGCCAGGCCAGCAAUAUAGGUCAGGUGCACGGCGUGAGUGUAGGUCACGUGAACACGUCACUCACCCCUGCCAGGAACACCGUCAUUGUUGUCGUAGUCUUCGAUCUGUACGGCAGCCAGUACAGUUUUAACUCCAGCGAUGCUCAUGUGGACGCAACGAUCAACAUAAGAAUACUGACAAUUGUCAUCAUGAAAACUCUGCAGGAUUACAGGUAUUCGACACCAUCUGUCACACAACUGUCUCGCCAAACUCCCGGAACUGUCGCUUUCAGUGUCAUCGAAGAGCUGCCCAUAGACCAGGGGGUCCCGAUCAUCGUCUGCCACAAGUGCUACCCUGGCUGGUUCUGGGAUAAAUCUGACCCACACAAGAGGUCACUCGGUGCAUCACAUCUGGCAUUCUCUUGCUACAAGAUUCUACCAGAGAGAAAAAUCCACUGGAUCGGCGCUAACAAGAUGUGUGGUGAACAAAGCUCAUCUUUGGUAAGCAUUGAAACUCUCGAUGAGAAACAGUUUUUGGAAAAGGAAUUGUUGAAACAUAAUACGGGAAAUAAAGCAAACAUGUGCUCUGAAUCCAAACGUUUUUUCAUUGGUCUGAGAAGAGUGUCCGGGGUUUUUCGCGCGCAAUAUAGAUGGGUGAGCGGGUUGCCUUUGGUCUACUCUCCCUGGACUGAGGGAGAUUUUGUCGGAGUGGAGGCUGGGUCGUGUGUGACGUACAAGCCGGACUGUCCAAAGUCCACUCUCCGGUGGAAGAGCCUGGGCUGUGGGGAUGAGAUAGACGCGAUGGCUGUCUGUGAGGCUACAGCGAAAAUGGUGGAAGAAGAGAACAUAGAGGUGAAGAGUACAGUUAGUGAAGAGAAGAGAGAAGAGGCGUUGAGGAGAGGUGAAGUCGCGUUUCAACUUUCAGGAGACUACACUUUUCCGAAGGGUGUUCUUCGCUCGGCCAGUUAUCUUCCACCGCCUGAUUCUAUGAACAAAGAGAUCUCUUUUUCUUUUUACUCGGCUGGACGAAACAAGACGAGGACGUCAUCAAAUGACGUGAAACGUUUUCAGUGCUACCGCUCCGAAUAUCGUAUACCGUACAGCAAAGUGUGCGAUGGGGUCUGCGAUUGUCCGGCACAAGACGAUGAAAGUGUUUGCCAACUACGUGACCGGUCGCGCGACUGUCCUUACGACGACUACUUCGGUGGGUCCCCACCAGAGAUGGACGCGGUGUACUGUCCGAGAGAGUGGCUGGGACCGGGCGCGUGCGGUGAGCUGAUGUGUCCGGACGGUCGGAGUCUGCCCACUCACUGGUUCCUGGACGGACAGCCGGACUGCUCCACAUGCCAGGGCGACACUUCACUAGAGCUGGCCAUCGCGGCGCGUCACGGCGUCACAGACUGUGUGUUCAGCUGUAACCGGACCGACUGUGUGACCCGCGCCAUGUUGGGAGACAAGAUCGUCGACUGCACGGGGCCUGAGGGUCCGCUCGACCAGACGCUUGGCAGACUGGAGCACAGCACGUGCUAUGGAGACAACGACACCUCUGGCUUGACCAACUGGGGGCCCAGGUGUGUCUACUUCAGAGAUCCCACAGGUGGGGUGUUAGGUUGUCAGAACUUCCAACACCUCCAGAACUGUUCCCAUUUUGUCUGCCCCGAGGGUUAUGUCAAAUGCCCUAAUUCUUACUGCAUUCCUGUGAAUUAUGUCCACGAUUAUCACCAAGACUGCCCCCUGGGGGAGGACGAGAGUGUGAUGAGAGUGGACUGUGGGGGCUUGUUCCAGUGCGUCAUGUCCCGCCAGUGUCUGCAUCCUGACCGCGUGUGUGACAACUUCCGGGACUGUCCGGCGGGCGACGAUGAGCUCAGCUGUGACGUCAGCUGCCGGGAGGGCUUCCUGUGUGUGUCCGGCACGCUGGUCAAGGCCGGCUACAACACGAGCGUGCCGCUCACUGACCUCAGCUUCGUGGACAGCAGGACCAGGUAUCUGGACAUCAGUGGUAUCGAUACCUCGGCGGGGGUGAGCACUCUCCUCUGUGACGUCACUGAGAAACUGAUGCACGUAAACAUGUCUGCUUGCAACAUGGCCGACCCGGACUUCAAGAUUUGUUCAGGGAGAAAUUUAGUUAGUGUUCUUACUUUAGACUUGAGUUACAACGCGCUCAACAAUGCGCACAUGGAUGAAAUUAUGUCCCACCUUUUGGAAAUUCGGUACUUAAACAUAUCUCACAACCCACAUGUAACGGUAGCUAGGAUCCCUCGUACCUUGAGGAAGUUGGUGGAAAUCGAUUUGUCGUUCACAGGUGUCCAUACGCUAGAGAUACUGCCUGUUCUUCAUUUAGUUCACCUGAACCUGAGAGGUACUAACCUGUCUACCAUACGUCCAGGCUUGUUCCCACAGGGCAUGUCUAUGGCUACCUUAGACCUUCGACAGACCCCUCCUAUCGCUUACUCUUUGGCCAGUUUUGACGGAGUGACCAUCAGUUCCCUGCUGGCAGACACGUACAAACUGUGCUGUCCUCAGCUCCACAAGACGCUCCACAGCUGCCAGGCGCCCGUGGACCCGUUCUCCUCCUGCUCCGACCUGAUCGGUGGUGAGUACAUGCGGGUGCUGCUCUGGCUCAUCGGCGUCGCAGCGCUGCUGGGGAACUUCACGGCCGUGGUCAACCGCCUGAUGUGUGACCGCUCAUCUCUCAGGAUGGCCUACGGACACUUCGUUGCUCACCUGAGUAUCGCCGACUUCCUCAUGGGCGUUUAUCUCUUGAUCAUCGCCUCAGCUGACAAUUAUUUCAGAAAUAUCUACUUCAUGCACGAGACUGGCUGGAAGCAGGGUCCCGUGUGUAAAUUCGCAGGCUUUCUGUCCACUUUGUCGAGUGAGAUAUCCAUGUUUUUUAUCCUGCUGGUCACUCUGGACAGGUUCCUGGUCAUCAAGUUCCCGUUCGGCCAGUACCGGAUCUCUGGCCGCUACGUGCACGUGCUGUGUGCUCUGGCCUGGCUGCUGGGUCUGUCGAUCGCGCUGUUGCCGUUUGUCCCGUCGUUCCGGCACUGGCAGACGUACACGUUCACAGGCGUCUGUCUCGGCCUACCUCUGGGCGACAGGUCUGUCCCAGGCUUCCGCUUCUCCCUGGCUGUCUUUGUCUUCCUCAACCUCUUCCUCUUCCUGCUCAUCGCCGCUGGUCAACUGGUCAUCUACCGGGCGCUGGUGGAGGUGAGGAAGAGCGUGGCUAACCAGACGAGCAGCUCGGCCAUGAGACGCGCCCAGGACGUGGAGAUAUCCAGGAGACUGUUCCUCGUGGCCGCCACUGACUUCGUCUGCUGGUUUCCUGUGGGAAUCAUGGGCCUGAUCGCCAUGGCGGGCCACCCACUGGGUUACCAGGUCUACGCCUGGUCCGCCAUCCUCAUCGUCCCCAUCAACUCGGCCAUCAACCCGUUCCUCUACAACCUUACCUUUGUCGUGAACGCGGCGAGAAGUAUCAUCGCAAGACGGUGGAGGAAGAGGCAGGACGAAACACAUGAGCUGUCCACAGGACGCGUGCCCACAAUUUCCCACAGAGUUAACAAGCGGAUGGACUAGACAGAACCUACAUCCAUUUCUUCUUCUUCUUCUUCUUCUUCUU